AUGGCCGCCUACAAGAACGUUGCCCUCGUCGGUGCUAGUGGAAACAUUGGCAGAAUCAUCCUCCAUGGUCUUGUCGCAUCGGCCAAAUUCAACGUCACCGUGGUAUCUCGCAAGGAGAGCGAGGCGACUUUCCCUGCCGGCGUCACCGUCCGCAGGACGGACUUCUCCGAGGCGGAUCUCGAGGCGGCAUUCGAGGGACAAGACGCUGUCAUCUCAGCUGUCGGUGCCAUGGGAUUUGGUGAGCAGAAGAAGCUUGUCGACGCUGCCGUUCGAGCUGGUGUCCAGAGGUUCCUUCCAUCGGAAUUCUCCGCUAGUAGCCAAGAUGAAGCGGUGCUGCAGUUGCUACCCCUGUUUAGACAGAAGACGGAGCUCAUCGACUAUCUGAAGACAAAGGAGGCGGAAGGACUGUCCUGGACCGGCCUCGCCACGGCAGGGUUGUUUGAUUGGGGACUCGACAACGGCUUCCUCGAAUUCGACAUUGCCAAUCGUACCGCAACUAUCUGGGAUGGCGGUAAUAAGAGCUUCACACUCACCAAUGAGAAACACCUGAUCGAGGCUGUGGUUUCCAUAUUGCAACAUCCUCAAGAGACCAGCAACAAGUACCUGUACAUUGCGUCUGUUGAGACCACACAGAACGACAUCCUAGCCGCGCUGGAGGAGAAGACUGAAACAAAGUGGACUGUCAAUGCCACCACUACCGAAGAGCAAGUAAGCGACGGAGUCAGGAAGCUUGGUGCGGGAGACUUCAGCGGUGCGUUGACUCUCGUUCGAGCCACCUGCUUCGCGAGUAUUCCGGGUCUGCGGGCGAACUAUGCCAAAGAUGAGACCUUGGCCAAUGGUAUUCUGGGCCUGAAGCUGGACUCUGUGAAGGCUACUGUCGAGCGGGUUGUGCAAAAUAAAUCAAGCUGA